AUGGCAACCACCUCCCUCGAAGCGCUGGAAUCCCAGCGCCAGCAACUCCUAAAACAAUUCGUCGGGACAAACCUCCAAGACGCCCCCGUCCCCUCCGCAAUCCUCGACCUAGCCAAAGUAAAGCGAAACUGCACCCGCAUGCUCGAGUCCAUAGACGCCCUCGGAUUCGGGUGGAGAGCGCAUAUUAAGACACACAAGACCACCGAGCUCACCCUCCUCCAACUCGGCGGCCCCCCGCCCCGCCCCGCGCAUGUCAUAACCUCCACCCUCACAGAAGCAGAGCACAUCCUCCCCCUCCUGCUCACCUACCCCCCCGAUUCCCGCUCGCUCCUCUACGGUCUCCCCCCCGCCCCCUCCUACGCCCCGCGCCUCGCCUCUCUCUCCCGCAGCCUCGGUGCAUAUGGACUCCGCAUCCUCGUCGACCACCCCUCCCAAGUAUCAGUGGUGCGGAAAAUCCACGAACUGUCGGGGGUGCCGGUGGGUGUUAGUAUCAAGAUUGAGAUGGGGUAUCAGCGUUCUGGCAUCCUAGCUGCGUCAGAAUUAUUCAAAGAGCUGAUCGCCGCGUUGCUGCCGCUGAUUGAGGGGGGGAAGUGUAAGAUCGUGGGGCUUUAUUCGCAUGCGGGGCAUUCGUAUGCUGGGUCUGACCCGGCGACUGCGAUUAGUCUUUUGAACGAUGAGCUACGCGCGCUUUUGGACGCUUCAAACGCCCUCCGCGCUCUCGCCCCAGCGGAUCAGCUCACCUUCUCGGUAGGCGCGACGCCGACGACCACGGCGGUUUAUAACCUCCUCCACCCCUCCGCCAGCGCCUCUGCAUCCGAGACCACCGCGCUAGCUACGCUUCAGGGGACGAUAGAGGAGGUGAGAAAAGCAGAUGCGGCGAUCGAGCUCCACGCAGGCGUCUACCCAGUGCUAGACAUGCAACAACUCGCCACCUCCGCACGUCCUCUUUCCCAGUUAUCCACGGAUGACAUCGCCUUAACAAUCCUGGCCGAGGUGGCAUCCAUCUACCCCCACCGCCGCACCGGAGAAGCCUUGAUAACCGCCGGUUCCAUCGCGCUGGGGAAGGAUUUGUGUAAAUCCUACGACGGCUCUGGCGUUGUCUCCACCUGGGGCGCGGUGGGGGGUGAGGGGUGGGUGGUGGGGAGUGUGAGCCAGGAGCAUGGGAUUUUGAAGUGGACCGGGAGGGAGGGGGAGGGAACAGGGUUGGAAAUAGGGGGGAGGGUGAGGGUGUGGCCGAACCAUGCGUGUAUUGCUGGGACGGGGUUUGAUUGGUAUUUAAUUGUUGAUUCGGAGGGGGAGGGGAAGGGGGAUGUGGUUGUUGAUGUUUGGAUGAGGUGGAGGGGGUGGUGA